AUUAGAGCUUACCUAUGGAACUUACCACGUGUUUUAGAUUUCUUUAUAAUAUUUUAGAAGUUAAAUGCAUACAUAAAAGAAAAAAAAAAAGGGACGCGGGAGAAAAAUGGCGGCCUUUUAGAAAGUUGUCACUGCCAUACAGGUAUCCUUCAUCAGCUGAUGAUUUCAUUCGUUCCAUUUUCCCACACGAUCGUAAUGUUGCUUGGUUCUUUUUCCGCGUCUCAUGAUUGGAGCAUCCUUAAUCGGAAUUUCCGCGGUAAGCCAUUAUCACUGUGAAAUGCGUCCACAACUCUGAAAAAAUACUGUACGGUGAAACUGACGCGGCGCUGAACCAUCGAAAACGAUUAUCAGCGCGAGAACGACGAGACUACGGUCACUCGCAUCAGUCGCUGAUAAACUCGGGCGAACGUGACUUUCAAUGCCCCGCAUCGCGAGCCGACAUGACAGCAUCGAGCCAGGCAGAAAGGGCAUGCCUCGAGUACGUAGUCGUCGCGACCGGCAUCCUCCUGACCGGUCUCUUCUACGUAACCGCCAGCCAGCUCGUCACUGUAACGGCGCUUCUCGCGAUGUUGUUCCUAUUACAGCGCUAUCAAAAGACUGAUCCGCCGAACCCAGACCAGCGACCUCAUGCCGACGACGGACUGUGGCUCACUCUGCUCCUUCCUUUCUCUCUUCUAACUGGAGGCAACUCCUACUUCCACGGCGCUCUCUACACCCUCGCCGAAGUGGUGUCCAGCCAGACGCUCCUCCUCUCCUUCGCGUUCGUCUUCAAGUUCCCCAGCCGUACCAUCAAUGCCAUGUCUGUGCUAUGGACGACAACGCUCCUCUUCACCCUUACCAACAUCGGUGUUCUGUGGAGUGCGGGAACGUCGGUGUCGUCUGUUUUCGUCUUCCAGCACCUGACCUCAUCUCUCUGGAGAUACUCGCCAAGGUCCUUCACCCUGGGCGAACUCAUCCUGGUGUGCCAGGCGACCACAACAUUCCUAGCAACCGCAGGCUCCAGCAUCGCUUGUAGAUUAGUUUACGGCGAGGACUGCAUGCUGAACUGUUCCUCGUCUGCAGGGUUCCUGCAGGCCGGCCUGUUCAGCCUGGCCGUCUUGGUGGCAGCAGUGACCAACGUUGCGGCCUUGAGAAGGCCGUCGGGCUUCUACGCCGCUGUCUGCCUUUCGGCUGUGUCCUUGGUGUAUCCGCUGUGCUGGGUGAUGGUGGGUGCCGAACCAGUGGGCUGGCUCUUUUCACACAUCUUCAACACCACCGUCCGGGCUGCCCUCAUGGUGUCCUGGAUGGUACUGACAGUUGCAGCCGUUCUCUUUGUGUCCUGGUAUACGAGGACGUACGCAGACAGUUCAACCAUCGUCCGAAAGGUCUUCCACGGGGUUGUCAUCCUGGUCUUCAUACCAGGGGUAACCCUUGACCCCGACUUAAUGUACCUUGCAUGCGGGUCGGUGAUGGGUGUCCUUGUUCUCCUGGAACUUGUGAGGGCCCUGCGGAUGCCACCGUUUGGAGAAGACAUUCACCAGGCAUUCCAGAUGUUUUUGGAUGAAAAGGAUGCUGGAGCCUUUGUACUCACUCCAGUUUACCUGUUUGUGGGAUGUGCCACACCAUUGCUGCUGUUUCCAGAUCGCUUUGGGUCUUCAGAAAAGACCCUAGUGCUAUUAAGCGGCACUGUCAGCCUUGGCAUAGGAGACACGGUGGCCUCCGUGGUAGGAUCAAAACUUGGAAGACAUCGCUGGCCGGGAACUAAAAAGACAUUAGAGGGAACCUUAGCAUCAAUCCUGGCCCAGUUUGUGUUUUACUUUCCCCUCCUGCAUAUACUGACACCAAAAGUGUGGGGACUGAGUACAGGAUUUUUAGUCUUGGUAUUAUGCCUCAAUGCCUACCUCGAAGCACUUACAGUGCAAGUGGACAAUCUUGCAAUUCCUGUGUUUAUGUAUCCCAUGAUGAUUUCUCUGUAUGCAAGUUAGUGUUUUCCACAUUUCCCACGUCUAAAUGGACCAGCAGUUCCCACAACAGUUCCGAUUUGUUGGCAGUUGGGAGCAAUCUGCAAAAGUUGUGUCAAGGAGCAAGCCAAGACAGACAACCGAAUGACUCGGGCUAUAGUGACAUCCGAAGUUUAUUUACACAAUAUCACAUUUUGUGUGUGCCAUUUGUGAGAAGAAUUAUUUCAAAAAUAAAAUAUGUUUCAACCAUUU